AUGGUUGGGAGAGACUUAUCCCCGGAUUUAUGUAUGGAAGAUGCGAUGUCGUACAUCGAUGCUGUGAGGGACGCAUUGCAGGAUGCUGAACCUGAAAAAUAUGAAGAGUUUCUAAGAACCUUUCUUGAUUUUGGAGCUGAUAGAAUCGGUAUAGCUGCUUUCAGUGCAAGCAUGCAGGAACUCUUGAAAGAUCACGUGAAUCUGCUUCUUGGUUUCAAUGUCUUCCUUCCACUUCAGUUUCAGAUAAACAUCCCUCCCGAGGCUAGCACAGAGUUUCAUAAGGUGGUUAGAAGAAGCGUACCACCGAAGCCUACCAUGGAUGAUGCGACUUCAUAUCUCAUUGCUGUCAAGAAAGCAUUUCAUGAUGAACCUACAAAAUAUGAGGAAAUUAUUAAGCUCUUGAAUGAUCUUAAAGCUCGCAGACUCGAUGCUGCUAGUGUCAUUGCUAGGGUGGAGGAACUCAUGAAAGAUCACUUGAAUCUGCUUCUUGGUUUCUGUGUCUUCCUUUCAGCUAAAAUGAGUUUUAUCACGAAGCUUAAGGUAAGGUUUCAGGGCGAUGGUAGUCAUGUCGUUGACUCAGUUCUUCAGAUAAUGAGAAUGUACAGUGAGGGAAACAAGUCCAAAAAUGAUGUGUAUCAGGAGGUCGGUGCACUUAUUCAGGGUCAUGGAGAUUUACUCAUGGAGCUUUCAGAAAUUUUCAGUGAUUCAUAGAGUCUAG